GGAUUCAAACUGGGGUCUGUGGGACUCUAGAGUCAGCAUACCUGAGCUAUAGCCUGUCACAUCAUCCCAGAGAUGUUUGCUAAGUGCCUUUCUGUAAAGAGAACUCCAGAGACCAGCCCAGAGACCAGCUAGGUCCAUGGGCUGCUAAAGAUGGAACCCUGCAUCUUCCUCAUGGCCUGAGGCCAUCCCCAAUGCCCCACCCCUGCUGCUCUAGGGGGCUAUGCAGUGCUCGGGAGUGGUCCCUUGCAGGUGGCAGCAGGCUCUGGUGAGGCCAGCUGAGAGUGCAAACAUCAGGAAGGGACUUGGAAGGGAUGGCAGCAGCACCAUUCACUGAUGCCUGCCCUACGCCCAGCUCCACCCAGACACUGAGAGUGGCUCACAGCCCUACAUGGGAGAAAGACACCUUCACGUAUUCACAGCCUAACCCAACUCAUACCCUGGGGGAACAGUGCUGGAGGGUCCUGGGGCAGCUCAGAGUCUUCCCAGGGGACACAUAACUGGUGUUAGUUCUUAGAGAAGUUGCUAACUGCACAAGAGAGGGAGAGGGCUUCCAGGCAGAAGGAACAGCAUGUGCAAAGGCCUGGAGAGAGGAACUUCUAGAUAGACCUGUAUGACUGGGGUGUGGGUGCUGGAAGAGAGACAGGGUCAAGCCCUGAACAUCCUAGAACAACAAGCCGAAGAGCUGGGAUGUGCCCUGCUGCUGCUGGUCCACCAUGGCCUGUGGCUCUGGACGAGAUACAGGGCCUGUCAGCCCCGCCUGUGCCAGGGCAGCAAGAGCUCCACAAAGUCCUGGCCAACGCCUGCAAGUCACAGUUCCUCCUGGGCCACAGAUUCCCCUUCUGUGAAGUGGGUGUCCGGUGCUCAGAGCCAGGACUGGCACCAUGGCCCGGAGCAGGGCACUGCUGUUCCUGUUGCUGUUGUCAUCGCAGCUGCAGCUGGGACCGGUGAGCACGGUGAGGCCUCCGGGGUUUGGCCGAGGUGGUGCCCACAGCCUGAGCCCUGAAGAGAACGAAUUCAUGGAGGAGCCAGUGUUGGUCCUGAGCCCUGAGGAGCCAGGGCCUGGCCCUGCCACCAUCAACUGCCCCCGAGACUGUGCCUGCUCCCAAGAAGGUGUUGUGGACUGUGGUGGCAUUGACCUGCGUGAGUUCCCGGGGGACCUGCCUGAGCACACCAACCAUCUGUCUCUGCAGAACAACCAGUUGGAGAAGAUCUACCCCCAGGAGCUCUCCAGAUUGCAUCGACUGGAAACUCUGAACCUCCAGAACAACCGUCUGACUUCCCGAGGGCUCCCGGAGGAGGCGUUUGAACAUCUGACCAACCUCAACUACCUGUACUUGGCCAAUAACAAGCUGACGUUGGCACCCCGGUUCCUGCCAAACACCCUGAUCAGCGUGGACUUCGCCGCCAACUAUCUCACCAAGAUUUACGGGCUCACUUUUGGCCAGAAGCCAAACUUGAGAUCCGUGUACCUGCACAACAACAAGCUGGCGGAUGCCGGGCUGCCGGACAACAUGUUCAACGGCUCCAGCAACGUCGAGAUCCUCAUUCUGUCCAGCAACUUCCUGCGCCACGUGCCCAAGCACCUGCCACCUGCCCUCUAUAAGCUGCACCUCAAGAACAACAAGCUGGAGAAGAUCCCACCAGGUGCCUUCAGUGAGCUGAGCAAUCUGCGUGAACUGUACCUGCAGAACAAUUACCUGACUGACGAGGGUCUGGACAAUGAAACCUUCUGGAAGCUGUCCAGCCUGGAGUACCUCGAUCUGUCCAGCAACAACCUGUCGCGGGUCCCGGCAGGGCUGCCGCGCAGCCUCGUGCUCCUGCACCUGGAGAAGAACGCCAUCCGGAGCGUGGAUGCAGACGUGCUGACGCCCAUCCGCAGCCUCGAGUACCUGCUGCUGCACAGCAACCAGCUGCACGCGCGCGGCAUCCACCCGCGGGCCUUCCAGGGCCUUAAGCGGCUGCACACGGUGCACCUGUACAACAACGCUCUAGAGCGCGUGCCUAGCGGCCUGCCCCGGCGCGUGCGCACUCUCAUGAUCCUGCACAACCAGAUCACCGGCAUUGGCCGCGACGACUUCGCCACCACCUACUUCCUGGAGGAGCUCAACCUCAGCUACAACCGCAUCACCAGCCCACAGGUGCACCGAGAUGCCUUCCGCAAGCUGCGCCUGCUGCGCUCGCUGGACCUGUCCGGUAACCGGCUGCACACGUUGCCACCCGGGCUGCCGCGCAACGUGCACGUGCUGAAGGUCAAGCGCAAUGAACUGGCAGCCCUGGCGCGCGGAGCGCUGGCCGGCAUGGCCCAGCUGCGUGAGCUCUACCUCACCGGCAACCGGCUGCGCAGCCGCGCCCUGGGCCCCCGCUCCUGGGCCGACCUUGCCCACCUCCAGCUGCUGGACAUCGCUGGGAAUCAGCUCACAGAGAUCCCUGAGGGGCUCCCUGAGUCACUUGAGUACCUGUACCUGCAGAACAACAAGAUUAGCACUGUGCCUGCCAAUGCCUUCGACUCCACGCCCAACCUCAAAGGCAUCUUUCUCAGGUUUAACAAGCUGGCCGUGGGCUCCGUGGUGGAAAGUGCCUUCCGGAGGCUGAAGCAUCUGCAGGUCUUGGACAUAGAAGGCAACUUUGAGUUUGGUGACGUUUCCAAGGACCGGGGCCAGUUGGAGGAAGAGGAUGAGGAAGACGAGGAGGAUGAGGAUGAGGAGGAUGAGGAAAGGCGAUAGUGACGGGGUGAACCGGAUUUGACAUAGGACACCGGACCGCCAGACCCCUUUCUGCAGCACGUACCUGUGCCCUGUGAGCCCCACUCUGCCAUGCUCACAGACACACCCAGUGCCACCCUCACCAGCCACCCUGCACCCCACUGCCACAACACAGGCUGGACACACAGUCUCCCAUUCCCCCUUGUUCCUGUAGUACCCCACGGCCAGACACGUGCAGGCAACAUGACACAGUCACACACUGCUGGCUGCACGGAGCAAGCCCACCAUACAGUUCCCCUCUCCAUCCCACGCCCUCCAUUGCCAUCAUGCCCUUGGACUCCUGCAGACUCAGGGAAGGGUCUGACCCUGCCCUGGCACUCACGGGCGCCUGCUCCCUUCACCUUGGACCCGCAUGUGCACGCGUGCGCGCGCGCGCACACACACACACACACACACACACACACACACACACACACACACGAGUCCCAUGAAAACAGCCCUCUAUGGCCUAUGCCACCGACAUAUCUUGCCCCAGCCAGAACUGGCCAGAACAGCUUGCCACCUGCUCAUCCGUCUGUUCGUCCGUCCACUGGAGAAGACAGAGUUAUCUUGGUGCUCUCUGUGGCCAGGUGCCUGCCACCCUCUGGAACUCACAGAAGCUGACUUUUGUUCCUUUUCUUCCCUUUGGGGACAGGAACCUUUGGGACUGCUGCCCUGGCCUGCCUGCCCUGACUCCCAGCUGCCCAGGCAGCCACUCCCUGCCAGGCCCUGGCCGGCCACAGGCAUGUCUGUGAUGGGAAACCCCACUGAGGCCAGAGGGAAAGUCUCCUGGGGUUGCUGGGGCCUUGGGCAGAAGUCAGGCGGAAGGGCAGUGCCAGGCAAGGAGGAAGGGCCCAGCUGCCCUGAUGACAUACCUUUUUUAUUCUUUGGGCCUGUGGGAUGUUCUGGGUGCCUUGGGUUUUUAAAUUCUUUUUUAAGAAAAAAAAAAUGAUAAAAAACAAAACUGAUUUUUCUUGUUAUAGAAAAACUAAUAUAAAAGCAUUACCCCUUUCUGGCAGCCUA